AUGGUAUGUUCUCUGACCAGCGGCAAGGCCUGCGCCGACAGCGGAGACGCUUGCCCGGACCCGCCAUCGCGCUCCACGCCGGAGGGCGGUGGACUCGAGGUCGCCGAGAACAUGUCAUCGUCGCUCAGUGACGCGCACCGACGCAACAACAAUCAUCACCUGGACCAGGGCGACCGCAGCUCGUCCGCGGGCUCCUCGCUUGGCUCGUGUUCACCACCGCCCGCCUCGAGCCAUUCGCCGCCGCCACCGCGGCCACCCUGGCUUCACGAUUUUCCCGCGGCCGCGCCCCACGUUCUGCAGUUCCUCAAUCUGAGCGCAGCUGGCGGUGGCAUGCUCGGCAGCCAGCCGCUGGCAGCGUUGCACUCUAUGGCGGAGAGAAGUCAUCACCAGCAGCAGCAGCAGCAACAGCAGCAACAACAACAACAGCAUCAGCAGCAUCAACAGCCGCAACAACAGUCGCUGCAGCAGCAACAUCAUACGUCGCAUCA